GUCGUGGUUGAGUUCUACGCCAAAUGGUGUGGACAUUGCCAAGCUUUUGAGAAGGAUUACGAGCAAAUCGGCGCGCACUAUUUUCGCGAGCGGCGCGCGAAGAAUCGUCGCGUUAAAAUAGCAAGAAUAGAUGUCGACAACGCUCGACCAGCGGCGAUCAAGUACAACAUCACCGGAUUGCCCACUUUACAGUUGUUCCCUCGCGGG